AUGUCCCUACCUCUGGGAGCCGACAAAGUCCUUGACUUCGGAAACGAACGAACAAACUUCCUCAAAUGGCUCGCAGAUCAAUCCCAUCUUCUCAGACACCAACCGGAACCCGAUACCGUGGCAGAAGUGCAAAUCAACCUCCGCGAACAAGGUAGCGAAUACCUCGAUCGACUAGCCAACGCCGCUACUACCAUGGCAUCCGAGGCGAGAUGGCAUGUCUGUGUGAGAACCAAACCACCUGGCUUUUACGAUGUCGAAGUCCCCGCAAUGUGCGAUACGCUGCAGCAAUUGCUGCCAUUCCUGGCUAUGAAACUUGGUGUCGAUGGUAAAUGUGACUUGUGUGUGCAUUUUAUUAUUGAGAAUAUUCUCAUCGAUCCUGGUUUCUAG